AUGUGUAUUCUUGGAAAAUUGUAUCCCAAUGAUGUCACUGCCUUUUCAAAGACGGGGUUAGAAGGGGAUUGGGAUGCUAGUAAAGCUGGUGUAUACAUGAAACUCCCCGCUCACUCAAAAUGGAAAGUAGAGUUAGCUUCUGGCAAAAGUCGUGAUGCUUGGACAAAGAUUAUAAUGUCUGGUGAUCUUUGUCAUGAAUUAAUUCUGAGAAAUCUAAAAAGUAUCCUAUGCUCACGCAUUUCUCAAACUGGACAUGAUAUUGUUUUACAGAGAUUGUCAGAUGCGGAAUUGGUCAUUGAAGGAAAACAGUUACCAUUUGUUUACCUUACAGCGUAUAUCACCGUUGAGAAACUUCAUGAUAUGCUGUCUAUGACUGCAAAUCGUAAACGUUUAAAAGACAUGCGUUUACAAGAAAGCAACAAAAUUCGAUCGAAGUACCUAUAUAGAUCCAGGAGGUCUAGAGUAAGAUCUUUGAACAUUAAUAAGGGGCUAUUGAACAAAUACCUAUUGGCUUUAACUAAAGCUAUGAGCUUGUCAACUCGUUACAAUUUGUCUCCUAUACGUUGUUCAGUUUUGGUUAUUUGUUCUUUAUGCUCAGGAUUUGAGCUUCAAAAAAUUAGGAGAUCUACUAGAGUGAAAGCUAUCGUAAGUUGA